UUGCUCGGUUCGGCUCCUCUCAGGAUGUCCGAGGCUGCGGCAGAAGAAGCAGCAACAGCAGCAGGAGAGGCGCCGAAGCCAGGCCUCGGGGCGCCGCGGGGGGCGGUAGAGGGCCAUCCGUCGCCUCAGCAGCAGGAGCGGGAGAAAGGCGCGGAUGGCUCUCGGGGGGCGGCGCAGAGCCCCACACCGCCGCCAUCCUCCUCCUCCUCCUCGUCUUCCUCCUUCUCUCCAGAGGCUGAAGAAAAGGCGGGCAAGGCAGGCGCUUCCCUGGCGGCGGAGGUGAAGCGGCGGCGCCUUGACGACGACGAGGAGGAGGAGGAAGGAGAGGGAGAGGAGGGCGCUGCUGCUGCUUUUGCCGCCCUCGCCGCGGCGGUGUCGCCGGCCUCCCUCCCCUGGCGCUGGUGGUGGCGGCGGAGGCGGCCGCGGCGGAGGCGUCUCCUCUCGCCUUCUCCGCCGGGCCCGCCGUGCUGCCUCUGCGCGGCCUGUUGUCAUGGAGGAGCCAAGAUGGCGGCCCUGGCCUACUCCCUGGGCAAGCGGGAGAUCAACCACUACUUCAGCGUGAGGAGCGCCAAGGCGCUGGCGGUGGGCGCCGUCCUGCUCCUCGCUGCCUGCCAUGCCGUCUCCCGGCGGUACCAAGGUGGUGAUAGCUGUGAAUACCUGCUGUCUAGUGGACGAUUUCUUGGCGAGAAUGUAUGGCAGCCUCACAGCUGUAUGCUGCACAAAUACAAACAGAGUGAAGCAAAAGAUUGUCUCACAGGCCAGCAUAUUACCUUUAUAGGUGAUUCUAGGAUUCGUCAGCUGUUUUACUCAUUUGUAAAGCUCAUAAACCCUCAGUUUAAAGAAGAAGGAAACAAGCAUGGAAACAUUUACUUUGAAGACAAAUCUUCAUCUUCUCCUAAAGUGGAUUUCCUGUGGUAUCCAGAAGUCAAUGGCUCUAUGAAGCAGUGUAUCAAGUCAUGGAUUGACGGUCCUUCUCCAAAGCCUAACAUAAUUGUAGCAGGAGCUGCUACGUGGUCUAUCAAAAUUCACAAUGGCAGCAAUGAAGCAUUGACACAGUAUAAAAUCAAUAUCACAUCCAUUGCACCUCUUCUGGAAAAUCUGGCAAAGAGCAGCAAUGUUUACUGGGUCUUACAAGAUCCAGUUUAUGAAGAUAUGCUGAGUGAAAGCAGAAAAAUGAUCACUAAUGAGAAAAUAGAUGCCUACAAUGAAGCAGCAAUCAGUAUAUUGAACAGCAGCUCCAAAAAUUCAAAAACUAAAGUAAAAGUUUUUCGUGCAUCAAGAUUGAUAGCAGAAGAAACCAUAAUGCACUCCUCAGAUGGCUUACAUCUUCCCGAAUCAAGUAGAGAAACAAGUGCCAUGAUUCUCAUAAACAUUCACUGCAACAGCAUUACGAAGCCAAUUGAUGGUUCAUGCUGCCAGCCUCGGCCUCCCCUCACUUGGAUACAAAAGCUAGCUUUCUGCUUUUUUGCGUCAUCUGUAAUUGGAUAUUUAAUUCUGGUUCUGAUUCGUCGUAACAAUCACCGGAAGAACAAGCCAUGCGCUGAUAUGGAAAGCGGAGAGGAGAAAAAGACCACUACGAACAGCUCGGCCAUUUCUACCCUAGAGACACUUUUGCAAUGCUUAUGCAAACUUGGUUUUAUUAUGAGUUACUUCUACCUGUGUGACAGAGCCAAUCUGUUCAUGAAAGAAAACAAAUUUUACACACAUUCAUCCUUCUUCAUACCAAUCAUUUACAUUCUGGUGUUAGGAAUAUUUUACGCUGAAAAUACAAAAGAGACCAAGGUGUUAAAUAGGGAGCAGACAGAUGAAUGGAAAGGAUGGAUGCAGCUUGUCAUUUUGAUUUACCAUAUCUCUGGAGCAAGCACUUUUCUGCCAGUCUACAUGCACAUCCGUGUGUUGGUUGCUGCAUAUCUUUUCCAAACAGGCUAUGGGCAUUUCUCAUACUUCUGGAUUAAAGGAGAUUUUGGCAUCUAUAGAGUGUGUCAGGUUUUAUUUCGACUGAACUUCCUGGUUGUGGUGUUGUGCAUAGUGAUGGAUCGGUCCUACCAGUCAUAUUACUUUGUACCUCUAGUCUCUGUCUGGUUUAUGAUUAUAUAUAUAACAUUAGCCCUAUGGCCUCAGAUAGUCCAGAAGAAAGCCAAUGGCAAUUGUUUCUGGCACUUUGGUUUACUGCUGAAAUUUGUUUUCCUGUUCAUCUGUAUAUAUUUUCUAGCCUAUUCUCAGGGUACAUUUGAGAAGAUUUUUUCUAUUUGGCCAUUGUCUAAGUGUUUUGAGUUAAAUGGGAGCAUCUAUGAAUGGUGGUUUAGAUGGAAAUUGGAUCGUUACGUUGUUUUUCAUGGAAUGUUGUUUGCUUUUAUUUAUCUAACAUUUCAGAAGCGGCAAGCCCUCACAGAAGGAAAGGGGGAGCCUCUCUUUCCCAACAAAGUUUCAAAUACUUUAUUAUUUAUUUCAGUAGUCUCUUUCUUGACUUACUCUAUCUGGGCAAGUAGCUGUAAAAACAAAUCUGAGUGCAAUGAAAUGCAUCCAUCUGUUUCAGUUGUACAGAUUUUAGCUUUCAUUCUUAUCAGGAAUAUACCUGGUUACGCUCGUUCUUUAUACAGUUCAUUUUUUGCCUGGUUUGGCAGAAUUUCCCUUGAGCUUUUUAUCUGCCAGUACCACAUCUGGCUGGCAGCAGAUACCAAGGGGAUUUUGGUCCUUAUUCCAGGAAAUCCCAUGCUCAACAUUAUCGUCAGCACUUUUAUAUUUGUCUGUGUGGCACAUGAAAUUUCUCAGAUAACAAAUGAUCUUGCACAGAUUGUUGUUCCAAAAGACAAUACGAUUCUACUGAAAAGGUUGCUGUGUGUAGGUUUAUUUUUUUGUGGACUUCUCUUUUUAUCAUCCAUUCAAAAACAGUCAACAUAAUUUCUCAUAAAUCACUAGAGUGUCACCUUGGGCUUCCUUUGUCUGCCUGCGCCAAAAAAAGCCCUAAAUAAAAUCAACUGGAAUUACACAAAACAUCACACAACUUUUAAGAGUAUGGACAAUGCAAGAAAGAAGUCAAAUGAAGACUACUGAUAUUGGUAGAAAUUUCACUACUUAGCAUGGGGAAAUACACCCAUAAAGGAAAAAGAAACUGCAUGUGGAAAAAAUACAACUUUUUUUUUCUCCUGGAGUGAUAUUUCUGUUUACAUAUCUUUCUAAAGGUUUAGCUCGACAGAGACAUUUAGAGUUGGUUGCAUCGAUUUUAUCUGGAGGCAUUAUAUGGUUGUUAAAAAGUACUAGCAUAACUGCAAUGAUUAUAUUUGUAUUUUUAAAGGAAAUGCUUUUAUUGCAACAAAUAAUAAUCCAGCCCCCCAAAUUUCCUUUAAACAGUUUAAAUCAGUGUACUUACAAAAAUUCAGCACUCUACCCAAUACAAAAUGGCUUAAUGUCUACAGCUUGUUUUUAAACAAUGUGUGCUCAGAUUUUUCCUGUACUAACUGGGGAAUUUCUGAAGGUUAGCAACAUGUUUUACUGGUUAAUGUGUGUUAGUUAAAAUAAUGCAUGUCUAGGACACCCUUCAAGUCCCAGACUACAGUAGAUACAUUAAGGGAGCUCCAUUGAGUGUAGUGCAGACAAGACAUCCCUUAUACACAUACAAUUAGUGGGUCUACUCUAGUUCGAACUAACAUUUGGAUUUAGUGCUCCAACAUCCAUGUUUACAAAAAUUAGCAUAGCAUUUCAGUGAAUAUCAUUUUCAAUUGUUGUGUGUAUGUGUGUUUCAUAACUGACAUGUUUGCAUAGCCUUACUUUGAAUUUUUAAAAAACCAUGUGGGGUUUCUUCACUGUUUUCAGCAUGUGCAAUCUCUUUGGCUGGACUCCAAUGCUGUACUUCUGCUGGCUGCUGCUGUUUCUGCCAGGGUCAGUUAUUUCCCCUUAACCCCCAUGUUGCCUUCUAUAGAUCUGCUCUAGAGAGCUCAGAGGAUUUAUGGAACAAGUUUUGGGGCACCAUUAAGAGAAAAGGGGUUCUGAUUCUGCUGGAGUUUGACAUGGAAGUACAUCCCUGGAUCUUAUCCUUUGUACCUUACAAUAUUUGUGUCAUAUGUUUGUUGAAACAUAAGGCUCUUCAGCCAUUCUUCUAUCACUUCUCCCUCUGUUUCCUGCAUACCACUAUAAUUACAUCUGAGGAGUGAUGUAGACUAUAAUUAAACCCUUUCCCACUGAUGAUAACUUCAUAUAGACUAGAGAAUUUUAUAUCCUGCAGACUACAUUGAAGAGGUCAGGUACCUAAAAAUGUGGGGUUAUUACCUCUUUUUUUUUCAUUCAAAAGAAGGUUGGUUUCUUCUUUGGUCAAGAAAAUCCUUGAAACCUGCAUUAGAUUGCAGGAGAAGAAAAUAUUACAAUUGACCAUGAUUCAAAAGAUGGAACCCCUAAAUUUCUACAAAAUCAGUUUUUUGAGUCCUGUAAAUGAACUCCGUGUUUUUAAAGUGUGUUUUCCAUAAGCCUACAGAUACUGAGCUUUUCAUUCUUGAUUGAGCUUUUUCUUUUUUUAAAGUGAUUUUUAAAUUCUGUAUAGACAUUUAGGAUUAUUUUCAUUUCCAUUCACAGUCCAUUCUUCCCUAACCACGCUGUGUGGGUGUGAAAAAUACUUAGCAGCUCAGACUAGAGAGUGUCAUUUAAUUUCUUCACAUGGUACGUUGUAUUUAGAGUUGAAACUAUACAGUGUCCUAUAUUGAAAUCUAUGGAUCUCAAUUCCAAACAGUAUAUGGAUGUGCACAUUUUGUGCAUUUUUCUUUAUAAAAGUUGGCACCGAAGAACCAUCAGACUAUUUUUUCAGCAGUACUAAUUUCAUAAUACAGCUUGAGAACAAGUGCAGUUUUAUUUGUAGGAAAAGUUUUCUUUAAAAAGAGAAUUAUUUGGCUCUAGGACAGAUGUUGGGAACCUUUGGCCCUCUAGGUUUCCAAUUCUGACAAGCACUAUCUAGCAUGGUAAAUGAUAAGGGCCAGAACUCAAUGGGAUUUGUAGUCCUAAAUAUCUGAAUGCCUAAAAGUUCCCUAACCUUGUGUACAGGCUCCUGUCAGUCUUGGCCUUAAGAGGCUUUUUCUUGUAAUGCUUAUGUUUCAAACUGUUUGAGCACUUGAAGAAUGAAUCGACAGUCUUGCUUUCUACGCAUAUAUGUAUUAAUGCCUUUCAAUUUAUAGGAAGUCUUUUUAUUGUGUAUCCCUAAGUUAGAACUUUGGGAUUGUCAUGCCAGGACAAUGAUAAUCAUGCAGGGGAAAUUCCACUGAAGAAUAAUAGAUAUUUGCUUUCAUUUGAUGCUUGAGUUGAACCUUGUUCUAUUACAUUAACGAACGGCAAUGUGUAAAUUCUGUUUUGUCAUUUGCCUGUUCAUUUUCACUGGUGUCAAAAGUUGCCCUUUGCCACUAAUAGAAGCAUUUGAUUUGUAUAUUUCAUUUCAGUUUAGCUGAGCACUAUAGUUAUGGUUGGAAAGUCAUGGGCCACAUGUACAAAUGACAUUCAUAACAUUACCGGGCAAGAAAACUUUUGUGAAGCGUGGGCUUUUUUGUUAUGUUUAUAAAUCAAGUAUUGUAGAUAUUUUAUUUAUCUGUUGUACAGAUUUGGUUAAGGAUUGUUUUUUAUGGUUGAAAUAUUGCACUUGUUUGCUAUUAUUACUGUAUGUUGGAUAAAGUCUAUAUUUUCUUUUAAACUUGUGUGAAAAAAUAUGAAGUAAUUUAAAUAAAUGUGCUGUGGGUGCUUUGUUUUUGUA